UAUAGCUCGGUAACUCCAUCGCGCAUCAACAUGGCCUCAUCGAAAUUGCUACUUUUCACUGCCCUGGUGGCUCUCCUGGCCGCCCAGAGCUCGGCUGAGGGACUCCUGGACUACAUCUUUCCCACCUUAAUGACGGAGUUCUACAACCAGGCGCCGACCAAGGAGGGAUACCGCUUCGCGUCGGAGGAGCCCAAUGGCAGCAAGCGCGAGGAGAUGGGCGUGAUCAUGAACCCCGGCACUCCCGACGAGCAACUGGUGGUCAUGGGCAUGUACUCGUCGUACGAUGAAAAGACUGACACCGAGACCGUGACGAUGUACACCGCCGACAAGGAUGGUUACAAGGCGCGUUACCAGAUCAGGAACCGGAAACUGAGCCCCGGCGCCCUGAAGUCCGCUGCUGGAUAAGGAGCUUAUUGAUUAGAGUUUGUAAAUAAAAAGAGUCGAAAAUA